UAGCUCUACGAGUCUGCACGUGAAUUUUCCCUGGGCUCUCGGCUGUCUUGACUUCUCAAAUCUCAAAACACACAAUCUCAAGCUCAAGCCUGAAGCUCAAUCUGUAUCUCAAUCUCAAUCGGCAUCGUAUCGUAUCCGGUCAACCCAUCUACCCAGUAAAACACACAUUCGAAAUCGAAAUCACAAUCUGUUUCGCGUUUUGACCACUGAGUAAUAUUCAUGAUCUAAACCGAAAUUUCCCUCGAGUGGAGAAAUUUCCCUCAUACAACAAAAAAAUAAAAAGUGCCAAGUGUUCAAGAGUGCUAAACAAGAAAUUCUUAAGAAAAAUCAAAUAACCAAAUGAAACAAAAUUAGCCAAACGCUAGUCAAGCUAAUAAGUAAACCGUGAAAUACCAAGCAAAUUGCCGUCGGAUUUUCGGAUCGAGCUGACCAAAAAAAAACUUGUUGAGCGCGCUCGAGGGCCACGCCCCCCGCCAAAAAAUCGAAAGAUAUAGAUAGAUUAUUUUUGCGCCUGCCACGUUGCCCGUAAAAGACGUCAAGACGGUUGCCUCACGGUUCGAGUGGAAUGAGCAUAGGGACCCUGGUCUUCCUUUCGAUCGAUCGGUGUACAAAGUCGUUAAACUGAGCCCCAACUUGGAGCCCUACCCCGCCAGCGUGGAGGGCCUGAACAGCCCCAGAGCGGUGGGGAUGGCCGCGACCUCGUACAUGACCCCGCCGAGCGGUGACCUGGACAUGGCCCUCGGAGGCGGUGGCUAUCACACCUCGUCGCCGCGAUCAGCGGCCGAUGCCGGUGAGAUGAAGUACAUGCAGCACCAUCAUCAUCACCAUGCAGCCGCCGCGGCAGCCGCCCAUCAUCAGUUGCCCUCGUCGCCCUCGCCGAAUGGCCAGGGCAAUGGCACAGGAUUGGGACUGGGUCCCGGCUCCGGGCUGGGCUCUUGGAGUGCCCUCCAUCCGGAUCCAUGGUCCCUGCCCACCCAUCAUACGCACCAUCAUCCCGCCGCCGCUGCCGUUGCCUCGGCGGCGGAUACCGUCAAGCAGGAGAUGUCGCAUCUCUCGCAGCAGACGCGCAUCCAGCAGGGCAUGGCCUCGCCCCAUGCCGCCUGGCACGCCCCCCAUGCGGGCCACUAUGCGCCCACGGGUGGCUCGCCCUUGCAGUACCAUCAUGCCAUGAACGGGAUGCUCCAUCAUCCGGCACAUGCGGCCGCUGCGGCCCAUCAUCAGAGUGUGGCGCCACUGCAUCAUGCGUUGCGCGGGGAAUCCCCACAGUUGCACAUACACCAUCACAUGGGCGGCGGCGAUAGGGAUGCCAUAAGCGGCGGCGAGGAGGACACCCCCACGUCGGAUGAUCUGGAGGCCUUUGCCAAGCAGUUCAAGCAGCGCCGCAUCAAGUUGGGCUUCACCCAGGCCGAUGUGGGUCUGGCUCUGGGCACCCUCUACGGGAAUGUAUUCUCGCAGACGACCAUCUGCCGCUUUGAGGCCCUACAGCUGAGCUUCAAGAACAUGUGCAAGCUGAAGCCGCUGUUGCAGAAAUGGCUGGAGGAGGCGGACUCGACGACGGGCUCACCCACGUCCAUUGACAAGAUCGCCGCCCAGGGGCGGAAGCGCAAGAAACGCACCAGCAUCGAGGUGAGCGUGAAGGGCGCCCUGGAGCAGCACUUCCACAAGCAGCCGAAGCCCUCGGCGCAGGAGAUCACCUCGCUGGCCGACUCCUUGCAGCUGGAGAAGGAGGUGGUGCGCGUGUGGUUCUGCAAUCGGCGGCAGAAGGAGAAGCGCAUGACGCCGCCGAAUACGCUCGGCGGUGAUAUGAUGGACGGCAUGCCGCCGGGUCAUAUGCAUCACGGUGGCUAUCAUCCGCACCACGACAUGCACGGCAGUCCCAUGGGCACCCACUCCCAUUCCCACAGUCCGCCCAUGCUGAGUCCACAGAAUAUGCAAUCCUCGGCGGUUGCGGCGCAUCAGUUGGCGGCCCACUAGCAAUCAGAAAUCCAGGAGUCGAACUCAGCUGCAGCUGCGUCCACUCCUGCAUCCCUCAAUAGUCUAAGCCAGCAGCAACAGCAGCAGCAGCAGCAGCAACAACAGCAGCAGCAGCAGCAACAGCAGCAACACCAGCAGCAACAGCAGCAGCAACAUCAGCAGCAGCAGCAACACACACCGAAUACACCAUCCUCCAGUGCGGGCUCAUCGGCAACGAUGACCAGCCAGGUGAUGUCGCCGCAAAGUCCGCUGGGCAGCUCCUCCGCUGGCAAUCAGGCUAACAACAACAACAACAACAAUAGUAGCACCAACAAUAAUAACAAUAAUAACAACAACAAUAACAACGAGGAGCAAGUGAAACACCACCAGCAACAACAACAGCAACAACAGCAGGCAUCCAGCAUUGCAGCCGCUGCAGCAGCCGCCAUGUACAUGGAUCCCAUGCGCUACCAGCAUCCGCACCACCCGCAUCCGCAUCCGCACCAACAUCCGCACCUGAAUCCCGCCCACCAUCCGCACCUGUUCCACACAAGCGAUCAAUUGUCGCAGCACUCGCAGCAGCAACCCGUCGGCGGUGCCAGCAGCAACUCGCAAUUGUCACCGGGCGCCGGUAGCAACAGUGGCCUGCCGCUCCAGCCGCCCAGUUCCGCCUCGCCGGCGGGUUCGGCCUCCUCGGUGCUCGGCGGUCAUUUGAAUCUGAAUCCGCUGCACCAGCACCAUCACUACCAGCACCACCAUCACCAGCAGCACCAUCACCACCAGCAGCAGCAGCAGCAGCUGCACGCCCGCCGCCUCUUCGAGCUGAGUCUGCAGUUUGGCGCUGCGGCGGCACCGGGAGCGGUACGGCACUUCAACAGCUUUGGUGGGGCGGGCGGAGCGGGCGGGGAAUAGCAUUCGUCGGCCGCCUGGUUCGGCUAUGAGUCCUCCUAGGACUCGGCGUCGAGCGGGUGGCCGCAGUUCAAGCGGGAGCAGCCCUAGAACCGUACAGUCGAACUUCUCUAACGCGAACUCAGUCGGUUCGAGUUAUAUGCCCCCCGAGAUAGCUACCUAAAGUUUAGCUAACUCAGAGAAUUUUUCCAUGGUUCGUAAGUCUGAAGAUCAUUUUUGCAAUUUUUCUAAAACCUCAAUUUCAAAAUUUUCUGUAGUAAGACCUUUUAAAUAUCAAAAAAUAUUCUCAAGUUCUUAAAUAUGUUAUAUCAUCUAUUCCAAAUGUAAUAUUUCGAACCAUUUCCCAGUUUCCGUUAGACAAGUUCGACUGUAUGCAGAUCUAUAGAAAUAGAGUUAAGAUGAGGUCCGUUGAUGAGGUUGAGAGAUCGAUCUUUUUUACCAGUGCAUUAAUCUGUGUUAAACUUCAGCUUAAAAUAGGAGCAGGGAGUGGAGUAGAUGAAGAUGGAGAUGGGGGAGGCUGCCAUCCACCAGUUUAGUUUGUUUUUAAAGUUUGAAAAACUUGCUUAAUAAUUAAAUCAAAUUAACUAAAUUAAAUGUAAACGAAAAAUUUCCUUUGUAUAAAGCGAAAGAAACACGCAAUUCAAAUCAAACGUGAAACCAAGUGAUGUUGUUUUAACCUAAAAAACUAAAUGCUAAAAAUUAAACUAAAUGAAUGAGAAGAAAACUAGUUAAAAGUGCGACCCAAGUGUUAAAGAAACCAAAAAAGACAAGCAAAGAAAACAGAUUCCUCAGCUGCUCUCCAUAAGCAAGGUAAAUGUUUCCAUGCCCAAAAGUCCACAAAAUAUUUUUUCGUUCAACACUUUGUCGCCGUCUAGAUCAAGUUAAAAAAAGGCUCAAUGAAAAUGGCAGCAGUAACACAACUCGGUCGGUUCUAGCUAGGGUUUAGGUUCUUAAGCAAGCCGUGUUUAUAUAUAUUAUAUAUAUAUAGCCAGUAGAUUGUACUCUAAAAAAUUUAUAAACAAACAAAACGUAAAACAAGAUGGAAAAACGAAAAUCGAAAAACGUAGAAUUUAACGCGCGGCGAAGUAAACAAGAAUACGAGAUGAAAAGAGGAUUAAGUAAAAUAUGAAAAACACUCCAAAACAUCUGUAAAUAAAAACUUACAGUUAAGUCAUAUUUUUUAGCUUUAAAUGCAAUUGUAGAUUUUUUAAUAAACCCUUUAAGAAAAAAAUCAGAAAAAUACAACCACAACCGAAAAAAAACAUAAACAACAUUUACAAAAUAUAAAUUGUAAUUUCUAGGCGGUAAUUUUUAACGAAUAGGCACGUGAAGUUUAGUUACUUAGUACUGUACUUUCUAUAUAAGCAAGGAAAUCGAAUGGAAUACAAACAAGAAUAUAGCUAAAUCUUAAAAUUUAAACAAACCAAUAAUAAUCAAAUACAACAAAUGCUAAAUUGUAAUAUAUUAAUUGAUGUACAUUAAAAACAAAAGGCAGACUAAAUGCUAAACAACAAACUUGAAAUUAUUUCAACAACAAGAAUAAACGAAAAUUGUGUAAAAAA